AUGGCCCCCGAAACGAUGGAACUGUCGCAUGGCGCAAUUAUGUACUUGAUUCAUCACAUUUUCCUCCCGCCUGAACUCCCCCAGGAAGAUGACUUCAAUUCGCAUUACGAAAAUUUACUGCUGGACACCAUAUUCCAGGCUCUCUUAGAUUUUAAGCACUGUGUCACACGCGACCAGCAUGGAAUCGUCGAUUUGGUCAUUGUUAUGAUCUCAAACUUGAAGACUGUGCGUGAGUGUUCAAGUUCUGAUGGUUCCCUCAGCGAAGAGAAGCUUGAGAAUGCUCUUAAAAAUCUUUGCAACAAUGGUGGGAUGGUUCCGCUUCACAUACGGGCCCAGAAUACAGGCAUAUUGGUCGGCAAGGUCGCCAACUCCGUUAAUUUCGAGUUAUUUGAACUAUCUCCACUCAAUCAAGCUGUUAUCACAACAAAAGGCAGGCUUAGACGGUCUUUCCCAGGGCCGGUCUUCUCUUUGGGCACUGGUGCAUUUCAGGCCCCCGGAUUUCAAGCUAUGGUCUCUCGUACACUUACUAAGAUGAGCUAUCAGCCUUCUGCGGAAACAAUGCCGAAGGUGAAGAAGGCCGGACAAAUGCACGAUGAGAUCCGAGACACUGUGCACCCAAAGAUGGUAACUGAGCUUUUUGCGGGGAUUCUAAGGUCUGUUGGCCAACCUGCGGACGUGUCUCGCCUUUGGAAAAAUACUCGGGAAGAAGUAUUGUGGAGCGAUGCUUUGCUACCGUGGCGAAGAUCUCCACUAUGGCUGUUUGUCCGUGUUGUAAUGCAACUUGUCUUCUCCAGAGAAACAAAAGUUGCGACAAGGCCUCUAGUGGGUCUCUACAAAGAGUUUAUGAUAUUUCUCAUGAGUCGUGUUCUGAAAUCAUCACUCAGACAUUCAUUUCACAGCGAUCUCCUAUAUAUCCAGAUUGCCAAAAUCUCUCGCCGAUUACUUAAAAUCGACUCGCCCCUUCAGGAAUCAACACAGUCUUUCGUUACAAAAACGAUGCAGAACGCCAGAGACCGGAUUCAAAAUAUAUGGUCGAGCCUCGUGAAAAAUAGCGGUCCCCGCUACGACCUAUCUGGCCUUGGAUGCCUGGAUUUCAACCAAGAUGUAUUUCAUUCUCUCCCAGCAUUAGAUGAAUAUAUCGAGUUGCUUCCCGAACGAGAAAUCAUCAAUAACUUUGGCCCAUUUCAACCAGCUUCCAUUCUCGCGAAAUAUAGCGCUGACGAACCUCCAAAUUGCCCAAACAUCUUGGCCGAGGAACAUGCGUCGUUUAAUUUGAGGGUCAUAGAGGAUUGGGUUGUCUCUAAGCUACCUCAGUGGCUGCAGUGCCAUAAAUCGAACGGCAGCACUUGUGGCAAGCUAGGCGACUUGAUUCAAAAUUACUAUGCUAUUGCCUCUCCCGUUCAUUCAAAAAACCCGGAAGCCUUUUCCGCAAUGCUGCUCAUCAUUCUUGAACUUUGGGUUGCUUGUGACGAAUCUGCUGUGCAUAUAUGCAAACUUCUUUUGGAUUAUGACCCGGGAAUUCCUCAAGGCCUUUUUCAAUCUUUAGUUUUGCCUUUCAAGGAUGAAAUGGAAAGGCUUCUUCGGGUAGAGAAAUAUCUCUAUUCCCGUCAAACGCGAGCCAGAUUUUCUGCUUCGAGUAUAUUCAACGAUUUUGGCCUUCGAUAUUCCUUUUCUGUCAAGUACUUCGAUCAAUGUCACGAGCUACAAAACACUCUGGAGGAAAUUGAGAGGUGGGCAACACGGGAGAGACAGAUUAAACGCGAAGAACUCCGACGAAAAAAGGAGAACUACAAUGACCUAAUGCGAAUCUACAAUGAAAUCGAAUGCGAUUACAACGAAGCCAUUCCUCAUUACUCCAAUAAUUUCAGUGAACAACAGCACAGCCCCAUCUGCAAAAGGUGUAGCUACCGAAUCAGAGCUAACUCCUUAACAAUUAAUAUCCAUGAGUGGCCAUUGCCUAAAAACGUCUUGCAAGCUCAAUCCACAGUUUUUGAACUCAAGGUACCUCCAUUUUUUGGCCGUUGGCGCGACAUUACUAUCUUCGUGUUGUUAGAUGUUUUAAAAACCGAAUACUCUUCAAAAUCUAACCCGCGAUCACAUCAUCCUUUACGCACAUAUGCGGGUCUUAGGUCUUUCUUUAGCCCGUUCAGUGCGACACAACGUGUUUGUCUUUUGUCGGAGAACAAACCCCACAUAGCUACACACCGCCGUGGCAAGAAAAUCUCUGUUGCUACAGAAAGUGAAGUUUGUCCUGACAACGGUAUGCACUAUCGUUAUUUUGACAAUACAUUGGGUCUUUUUGUGGCAGGAAUCAGUGUUAGGGAGAAAGUUUCUGAGAGUUUCAUGUACACACUUCCUGUGCAGUCGCUAUCUCUUCAGAAAUUUCUUCAUCGCCCGUUCACAAGACCCAAUGGGCUACCACCCAACACUGUCAUAGCCGGCCAGUCCGAUUGUCCUGCCCACAUGUCGUUGGAUGAAUACAAGGCGCUAUGCACAAUACCUCUCGGCUGUCGAAUUCAGUGGCAAAAUAUCCUAUUGCAACUUUCCACAUCCACUAUUGACUUCAAAAAGAUAGAGACAGGUCUGGUAGUUCUUCAAUCAAUCUACCAAGCCGGACCUUCCUGCCACAGGAAUGUCCUUAGAGAUGGCCAUGAGAUCGUUGAUGACGACACUUUCGCCAACGUUCUUCUAGCAAGUCUAUUUGAUGCCUUACGGAGAGUUAGAGGGAACUGGGAAUCUUCUUGGGCACUGAGCACGUUUACGUCUUUGGCUAGGCGUUUGCUAACAUUAACUUCUACACAGCAAGUCAAGGAACAGUGUCUUGCCUAUUUAGCUUCUAUCCGAGUUACUACUGUCGACUGGCUCAAAUCUCUCAAAGACUACGCACAUCGGACAGCCAACGACAGCCACAGAGUAGACUUAACAUCAAAAGCCGUGGAGAUCGCUCUUAUUUAUACUGAUUCAUGCAAUGUCGAUCAGGAAUAUCUCGAUAAUCUAUUUUCCGAGCCAAAAACUGUUUCGGACUUCAUACAGUGCUCCAUUGUCAUCCAACAAGGUAGCAAUCGUCUUAGCAAGGCAUCCGAUCCCGCGAUCGCAUUACUAUACCAGCGCCGACUAUGCCUUUCAUACCGAUGUUACCCUAGUCUCGCAAAGCAAAUUGUAGCAGAUAGAUGGCCAUUAGACGACGCCAUAACGAAAUCCUGGUCAGCUUAUCGGCCAGGAGACGCCUGGCGAGUAGCCUCAGAAGAGCUCGACUAUUGGUUGCUCAGCAAGACAGCACCCGAUGGGAAUACCCAUUCACUUCCAAUUCAUUUCAAUCUCUUGACCGGCGAGCUGCUCGUAAACGGCCAUCCACUGUCCCGUCUACCUGCGAAGUACGAACAACAUCCCACAUACCAUACGCUUUUUGGGAAAUCUGCUCUGGAAGUCAUGCCCACUGCUGUACAGGGAAUGCAAUUUUCAGGAAAGAAGAAGUUUGCUGACUAUAUAUUGCACUUCGGUCUCAACGACUAUAUUCCUGAUGUCCCAAGCUCACGAAAAUACGACAUCUUGGUCCAAGCUGUUAAAGACGACCUGAAAUUCGAGCUGAUUCCCUCCAGGAUUUUGCGAGGGAUGUUCCCUGAGCAUUUUGUCGAAAAUUUCGUUCAGUGGUACGACAUGACCAAUGGUUGUGUAGAAUUUCGUCCUACUGAAGAUCCUUGGACUUCAUCCAUGAACAACUGGAGACUAAUGAAGUUCGGUUCCCGGUGGCGUUUGACAAGAAAUGGAACAUCUUUGAUUAGCAUUUGUAGCGAUACUUCAAACGAGAUCUCCGGUAUGCUUCUCCCGCUUGAGGAUUCUUCCCGUAUACAUAUCAUCUUCGACCAUGCGUUAUCGUCGGUGGAGGUUGAGCUUCCCAGACUACAGCUGGGAUUUUACCUUAAGCUAGGGGAUUCGUUUCUGAAGUCCAGAGAAUUUCGCGGAAUGGCUGUCGAUCGAGAUCAGUCGCUUGGUACCCUAGUCGGCCUUUACAAUAAACUCGUAUUGCAACAUGAGGACGGUAGUCGACAUUUUAUUCUACCUGAAGGGGCUGUAAGUUGCGUGAAAAAGGAAGCUCAUGUUAACGUCACCAUUGAGAAAGGCUCUGCCGCAAAAGCCCAUUUAUACUCCAUAAACAAUCAAAUUUGUGGGCUAAUUGACAAUGGGAGUUUACAGAGCAAAUUGCUUCUUUGUUAUCUCCAUGCUCUCACCUCAUUUUGCUUACCCGAUCCCUUGAUACGUAAUACCGGGACAGAAAAUGCCCUUUAUAUCUUACGCUCCGCGGCCGUCAGAUCUUUUGAUCAGCUAACUGAGGAGAAUGUCAAAAUCCUGGAGCAGAUUGCACGGUUGACCCCUAGAAGAAGAUAUUAUCCGGCAACAGAACGUGUGAUGCAGUCGGUUGAAUGGUCAUCAACCCUCGGCUUUAUGGCUCAGCAUGGUGAAUUCCAUAAGGCCGUUACAUCUAUAUUCGAACAAGCAGAUAGGAUGUCAAUAUUCCACCCGGAUCUUAAGCUUGAGCUGCUUCUUCCGGAUAGUGUUGAUAUAUACCUGUUGGAACGUGAUUCUAUCCGGUCGUCCAGUUUUCGUGGCCCUUCUUUUGGGGCUGGAGACCACACCAUCGCACAUGAUGUCAAAUACAAACCCAGAGAUCAGGGCCAGAACUCAGAAAGUGGAUGCAGAGCGUUUAUUAUCUCGAAUAUUGUAUAUCAUGGACGCACUACUCUUCAUUAUGCUGGCUCAACUGGAUUGGGAACCCAUCUUUGGAAAUUCCUUUCGAUGAUUCCCGAAAUAUUUGGACCUAACCAUGCGCUUCAAUCUUCCGAGCUAGUGUACGACAGCGCAUUCCUACUACAAUCGUCCGAAUUUAUCUCUCAGCAUUGGUGUGCUAUUCACCAAAUGUUUAGUCACGUAUUCACAGCGGCUGACAAAUUCCGUGUGAUGAUCUGGCUCUCUACGCUUGCUUUCGCCAAAGAUGCGGAUAUGAAAAUUGUUCAAGCAUUAGCCUUGUUUUUUACGGUGGCUGAGAUGGAUCGGAUUUCUGCUCCGUACGUGCGUCAUUUCAAUCUCCAAAAAGGUACAAACAUGAGCCAAGUCGGUUUGGAAGACGCUUUCCAAUCGUCAUUUCUUCCAAUUCAUCAUUGUCCUGAAGCGAAUCUGAUUCGCCGUCAAAACGAAUCCGAAAGUGCGUUCGCGAAACGCAAAAGCACAAGCUUUCAAAAUAACCGAAGCCGUGUUCGCAACAGAUUUUAUCAAGCACUAGCAUCUCAGUGGCCUUGUGAGACUCCUAGUGCCCCUGUUGAUGAUGCUGACCCAGCAUUUCAUCAAUAUCUUAAUAUACCAAAGUUCAUCCAAAUUGUAAAGCCUAAGUUCAAGAUUUGGUUCGACAACCAUUAUUUCAAGGAUUAUAUUCACCAAAUUGAGACCAUAAUUUCGCGUCAAAUGGUUGACCCAGUGGAUACCUCUUUGGUUAACUUUGUCAUUCCUGCACAGAAUAUCUCGAAAAAAUCUGGUUUCAUUAGCAAUGACGAUAUCUUCUCUUGUCCAGCACCUAUCUUAGAGUCCCGUCAUGUAACAGAUAUGUCCUGGCUACUGUCACCUGCCGCUAAUGUGAAACAAACAACCUGUCGCCUUAGUGCGCUGAUAACGCAGCUUGGUGCUCGAGCACACUCUAAUUACGAAAAGAAUUUCGUCAAUGAUCUGCGAGAGAGCUUCCGUUCCUUACAACAGGAUUUCGGGAAAGAUAGUCAUUGCUUACGGACAAAGGAUAAUGAUCUCAAACGCAUUCUUGUUCAACACCGUCGCCAAUGCCAGGAAGCUGUCGAUAAGAUCUACAAUGCACUGAUUUGUGCUGCGGCACCUGAACACAAAACAGGGCAUCCACACUCUUCACAGAGGUGCGUCGAUACAACUGCUAUGACCGAGCAGCGACCACGGUUAUCUCCAACCUUUUUCCUUCGGCAUCUCUCCAGUAAUCGGUGGCAGAAGAUAGGGGCAGACUGGAAGCGGUCCAUCGUUUACUACGGGAUUGCCCUCACUGAACUUCAACGAGCGGCGCGACUUGUGAGUUUAUCCGGCAACCACGCCGAUCUUAUUAAAGAAUUGUUGAAUUCUGGCCACACGAAUUGGGAUCCAUUUGAAUAUCCCGAGUCCUUACUUUUGGAAGUGGAGAGCGGCAUCAUGAUUCGAGAGGUGCAAGAACAGAUAGCCUCGCAGAUGAGAGAUCCUCAGUCCAAUAACAACGCCGUUCUGCAGCUGAACAUGGGUGAGGGAAAGUCAUCUGUAAUUGUUCCUAUCGUAGCUGCUGCUCUCGCAAAUGGGUCACGGUUAGUUCGUGUCAUAGUGGCUAAGCCACAAUCUCGACAAAUGUUCGAGAUGCUCGUCUCCAAGUUGGGGGGAUUGUUGGAUAGACGGGUUUAUCAUAUGCCGUUUUCCCGUGCACUGCAGAUUAGAGAACGAGAGGCAAAUAUGAUCGGCGAUCUUUAUCGUGAAUGCAUGUCAAAAGGCGGUAUCCUACUUGUUCAGCCCGAACAUAUUCUGUCGUUCGAGCUAAUGGGUCUCGGGUGCCUCAUUUCAGGCAAGGAAUCAAUAGGUCAUUCUUUGAUCAAAACACAAGAAUUCUUUGACGCGUUCUCUCGUGAUAUCGUGGACGAGAGUGAUGAAAACUUCAGUGUAAAAUUCGAGUUGGUUUACACCAUGGGCAUGCAGCGACCCGUUGAAUUUAGUCCCGAUCGUUGGAUAUAUAUUCAUAAAGUACUGGACAUUGUGAGGAAGUUUUCUGCCAGUGUGGCGAAACAUUUUCCUCCUUCGAUGGAAGUUCAUGAGCGCUGGCCGGGUAGCUUUCCCAGAACCCGGAUCCUCGGACAUGAUGCUCAACGACAUAUGUUUGAUCUUGUUGCACGGCAGAUAUGUAAAACAGGACUCAGGGGCUUCCCUAUUGCCAGACAACCAGAAGAUGUUAGACAAGCUGUGUUCAAAUACAUCACCGAACCUGAACUCACUCAGGACGAAGUUUGUCAAGUUGAAAAUCAGGGCUCAGGUGGAUUUUGGACAGAUGCAACAAGAAAUACACUUCUACUAUUACGAGGCCUUAUAGCUGGGGGAGUAUUGCGGUUUGCAUUGGGCCAGAAACGCUGGAGGGUAAAUUAUGGGCUUGACGCAACCAGGCAGCCUCCAACAAAGCUUGCAGUGCCGUACCGAGCAAAGGACAACCCCACCCCGCGAUCUGAAUUCAGCCACCCCGACGUUGUAAUAACUCUAACAUCGCUAAGCUACUAUUACGGCGGACUUGAGGAUGCCGAUUUGUUUGCAACAUUUUCCCAUCUUUUGAAAUCCGACCAAGCGGACAUUGAAUAUCAGGUGUGGAUGAGGGAUGCUCCACACUUGCCACCGGAUUUCCGUCGUCUUACGGGCAUAAACCUCAAAGAUCGCCUCCAAUGCCUCGAACGAAUAUUUCCAUUUAUUCGGCAUGCCAAGAGUGUCAUAGACUACUUUUUAGAACAUAUCGUCUUCCCAAAGGAGGUGAAGGAAUUCCCACACAAGCUGUCCGCAUCAGGCUGGAAUAUUGGAAGGAUAAAAUCCCAUCCGACAACCGGAUUUAGUGGGACAAAUGAUUCGAGGAAGACUCUCCCGCUUAGUGUAGAGCACCUGGAUCUUCCCCGGCAAAAGCAUACCAAUGCCUUGGUCCUGGAGCAUCUCCUGCGACCCGAAAAUUCUGUAUCCCUUAUGCAGCCACGAGAUGAGACCUCUAAUACGGAUGCGGAACGCCUACUAGCUAUGGUGGUAACAAUGGAGCCGGAAGUGCAAGUGAUUUUGGAUGUUGGGGCACAGAUCCUGGAGCUUAGCAAUUUAGGGGUCGCAAGGGAGUGGUUAAGGAUGGUGCCAAAUAAGGAGAAAAAGCAGGCUGUGGUGUUCUUUGACGAUCAUGACGAGAUUUCUGUUCUCGACCGGAGAGGUCACAUCGAACCGUUACAGACGUCUUCAUACGCUAAGCAACUUGAUUUAUGCCUCAUAUUUCUUGAUGAGGCUCACACGAGAGGGACGGAUCUAAAACUGCCGGACUACUAUCGAGCUGCAGUUACUUUAGGGGCAAAUUUGACAAAAGACCGACUGGUCCAGGCAUGUAUGAGAAUGAGAAAACUUGGCGAAGGCCAGUCCGUUAUAUUUUGUAUCCCAGGAGAGAUCAAGACCAAAAUUCUGGCACGUGCGAAUGCGGAAAACGUUUCAAUUAAUGUGUCAGAUGUCCUGAGUUGGGCUAUAUCUGAAACCUGCAUUGAUAUGCGACGGAGCAUUCCGCUUUGGGCUAUACAAGGUCAAAGAUAUGAACGUCACAGUUCACUUUGGGCUGAAUCCCGCACCAAGGCAAAGGUGCAAAUAUCGACGACACAAGCUGCACGAUUUCUUGAAGAGGAAUCCCAAACCCUUGAGGCCAGGUAUCGACCCAGUCCAAGCACUCUAGUGGCGUCCACUGGGAAAGUGAACAACAACAGAAACCUCAACCUCAUCAUGGAACGCUGUCGUGAAUUUGACAGUGCAGACCUCAACUCAGCCACACUCCAGGAGGAGCAGGAACGCGAGCUUUCCCCUGAGAAUGAGCAAGAGCGGCAGACUCAGAGACCACCUCCAGCCAAAGCUGCAGAGCAUCACAUCCACCGUGAUAUAAUAGAAUUCGUGUCUACUGGUAGGCUAAUUGAAAAAUCAAAAGCUUAUAAGCCUGCUUUUGAGAUAUUGCGCAACUCCAGUGCCGCCAAACAUAUUGACGUUUCUCAAUUCCCUGCUGGACUUCUCGUGAGCGCUGAUUUUGCCAACACAGUUCAAAUAUCCGGUGGUAAAUACAUUUCCGAUGCGUACCAGCGGCCAGUACAGUGGAUCCUGACAAACAUCACCGGCAGCUCAUCGAUUACAGUCCAGCACAUGAUCGUCAUAAGCCCAUAUGAAGCGCAGGAGCUCCUACCGGUAGUAAAACAGUCCGAGGUUACAACACUACACCUGUAUGCACCGCGCAUGAACAUGGGCUUUCGCGCGUUGGAUGGGCUGGAUUUGUUUACCAACCCUAAACAGCUAGUGGCAUGGGACCUGCCUCGCUACUUGGUCCUGCAGCUGAAUUUAUUUUCUGGGCAAUUGUACUUCAGCUCGUUCAAAGAAUAUGUGGAGGUGUGUGAGCUUCUCGGUCUUGCCUGGGAGGAGGAUAGAAGCGGUCAGGCGAUCGCUGCAGACGGGUUUAUUUUGAAGGGUAGUAGCAAGUCGAAUUUCGUCAACAGUCCUGUCAAGUUUCUAAAGGUAUUUUUGACGAAGGUUCGGAUGAAUUGUGAAGAGAUUGGGAAGACGCAUAUUGGAACAGUUUUGGAUGGUGGUUUGCUUCGUCCGGCAGAUUUUGGGGAGCCAGAGAAUGGAUGA